AUGGGUACCUUUGAUCGUUGGAAGAAGGCAGAGUUGCUUGAUUUGGUAAACAAAUUGAAAUUGGACGAUGUUUCGUUCAAUUUGAAGAAAAUGGAUAUGAUUAAAGUUAUAGAAGAUCAUCUGAGUAGGUUAGGCGAACCCUUGGACACUGAGGUGGAAUUUCCUGAAUUGAAGUCGUUCUAUGCUGUGGAGACGUCGUCCUCGUCAUCGGAUGAUGAGGAAGAGACGAGUAAAGGGGAGAGGAAUGUUUGGAAAUGUGUCGUUCAUGCCAACGAAAAUGUACAGGAUUUCCUCUCGUCAGUGGCUACACUGAUGACGAUAUUCUAUGGUUUAGAACUGUUCAAAUUGAUUCACAGCGUAGCUAUUGAUAAAGAUGGUUUCAAAUUGAUCCUGGUGUGGUUUGUCGCACACGUGGUGGUCCCAGUAUUGGCAAGUUACUACAUCAAUUUUGUCAGAUACGAUUUGAUGAUGGAAUUCGAUCCAUUUACAAUCAAUAUUCUCAAGGCACUCAUCUCUUUGGCCAUGAAGAAUGCCACCUGCCACGAAUUCAAGGCUAUCUACCAUUCGGUAGGUGAAUUGUCUAUGAUCUUUUCUGUUGUCGGACUCUUGAUUACAUUCUACGUAUACUAA